UCGGUUAACGAGGACAACAACCCCCCUUCAAAAUCAUUGCAUUAAGCAUUAACAUAGGAUUCUUCGGAAUUUAAUCAGAAAUUCUGCAGAACUUCUCCUUGUUUUUCGCCUUAGAUCUCUCACUCUCGCUCAUAUCCACACAACUCAUGUAAAAUCUCUCCCUCUUUUGUUUUAAAAAAGGGUUUUCAAUGUAAAUGUGUUGGUGUGUGUGUGUGUGUGUCUUAAAAAGGAUUUUUUUCGAAGAAAACCCUUUUUCUUGGUAAAGCCUACGUUGUCUGUAGCUCCAAUACCUUCGCAUUGCAUGUGUAUGUCUUCUGAUUUAUGUCUUUUUGUGGUUAAUGCCGAUUUAACUGAGGUGAAUAUUGGAAUUUUGUGGCACUAGAGGUUAGAAUCGACAAAUGUAGAAGCCAUUUGUCGAGAUUAUCUCCUUUUUUUUUUGGCCUAAAACAGAGUAAGGAGAAGCCUGUGCAUGUUCCUUUAACAUACAUCUGCUCUUGUUUGAAAUUUUGAGACAAAAUUUUCUUAGGGCUUUUGCACAUUAAUUCACACAAAAUAAUGAAAAUUCGACGAUGUUAAAGAAUUUUUUUAGGUCUUGUUGAGGAAUGAUAUUCAUUUCUGUUCUUUGUUUCCUUCUAAAUCAUGCAUAUGAACUGGAAAUUCCACAUUAAAUGUUUUCUGUUUUGGUAUAUCUUAUGCUAUCUAGUGUUUGGAAGUUAAUUACAUUGAAGAAUUAGUUUGCAUGUUUAAAACAACCACAGAUUUAAGGUUUGCGUAUUUGAAAGUCAAUAUUGCACCCUAGAGAAUGCAGUUGAAUUUGCCCUGAUUUCUAUAUGGAAAUGCCAAUGUAGCGCGUAGAAAAACCUUUUGAUAGAACACCAAAAGUUUCAAUGUCAUCUGAUAGAUGGAUUGUGCAAGAUGUUGUUGUUGUUUUAGUGCGGAUGUACAUGAUGAUACUUAAGUAGACCGUUGUAUACGUAAUGCCCCUUUGAAAUGUUCGACAUAUACCAUAUGCGUGAGUACUAUGGGAUCUUCAAGCAGCUUGUGUUAGCUAGAUUUGGAAGUUGCUAUGCAGCCUCGUAUUGCUACUCAACUCUGCCCCCGUGAAUUAGUUCACCAUUUUGUUCAUUAUGUCAACUGCCCGACAGAUGGAUUUGUAUAAGAUGUUUUGUUUUAGUAUGAUUGUACACGAUGAUACUUAAGUAGACCGUUAUAUACACAGUGCCCUUUGUCACGUUCGAGAUAUAUCAUACUAUGUGUGAGAACUAUGGGCUCUUCGAGCAGUUUGAGCUAGCCAAUUUUGGAAGUUGCUUCAUAUUGCUGCUCAACCCUACUCCCAUGAAUUUGGUCGCCAUUUUGUUCAUUAUUACAUCAUAUCUAAAUAAGAAUUCGAGUUUAUUCAUUUCCAGCUGAUAAAGAUGCAUUUACUUCUCUGCCAUUUCAUCAGCGCCUCUAAUUGUUUUUUUGGUUCUUUUUGCAUAUCUUGGUUGCUCAUUUAUUAUGGAGUUUCAGGAUGUUCUGUGUUGACGAGUUCCUAGUUCUUGCUUCUUCUUAGCCAGUUAAGUGGGUAAGGGAUUUGAUCAAUCGUUGAAUUCAGGAACUUAGAUAAUGAAGGCAACUCUGCAGCCACAGUCUUUGGAAGUUACUAUCAAAGCUGAAAGGGACAAAAAUGUCAGUGAAUCUUCAACUACCGUUGAUCACGUGAAUAAUGCUGAAGGAGAACGCAAUGCAUCAAAUCCUUCCGUUCCCCCGGGGACCCUGACUACAUUUCCUGAUGAUAUUGUGGACUUGUGUUCUGAUGAAGAUGUUGAAAAUCACGACACAGACAAUGAAGGAAAUAAAACAUCUGAAAAUUCUCAAUAUCAGUUGGUGCUAUAUGUUCCAGCCGUCAAUGAUGCCAGUAAUGGCAAAGAUGGGCCAGGUGGUCCGGGUCCCAUUAGUUGUCCGUCUCCUCCAAAGAAACCAUACCCAUUUUCUGACCGGACCCCGAGGGUUUUGCCAUCGGUAGGGCUCUUCGCUGUUCAGUGUGCCAGCUGUUUCAAAUGGAGGCUCGUUCCAACAAAAGAAAAGUACGAGGAAAUACGGGAGCAUCUUUCAGCGCGCCCCUUCUUCUGUGACACAGCUCGUGAAUGGCGUCCAGACGUCUCGUGUGAUGAUCAUCCGGAUAUAACACAAGAUGGCAGUAGAAUAUGGGCAAUCGACAAGCCUAACAUUCCUCAACCCCCUACUGGUUGGAAAAGGCUUUUGCGAAUCAGAGGUGAAGGAAGUGUCAGGUACUAUGUUGCACCUUCGGGUAAGAGUUUACGUUCAAUGUUAGAUAUUCAAAGGUACCUAGAUAAACAUCCAGAGUACAUGACCGAAGAGGUCAGCCUAUCGAGGUUUUCCUUCCAAAUCCCAAAACCAUUACAAAAAAACUAUGUGAGGAAGCGACCUGUCCGUCCUGCUUUUCAUAACGAUGCGGGUGAUCCUGGAACACAACAAUAUCUUCCACCAUCAGAAGGUGUUCGUCAACCUGCACGCAUAACUUGGGUGAGUACGGAUGGGGACACGGACUUACAGCCGAGCAGUCCAGCACUUGCUUACAAUCACCAUUUGGAGGCACCGGCUUCAAAUCCCGAAAGCAGUCGACCUGCAAAGAGGCCGAGAAUACCAUCCCCAAGGAGGUAUGCUGAUGAUUUAGUACCUGGCCACAAUGAUGCCAGUGUGGAAGAGCCUCUUCACCUCUGAUUUCGUAGUUUUUUGAUGAUCGAAAACUAGCUGAUCCUGAUUUUUGCUAGCUCGUGGGUUUCGAUAUAUAGUCUAUUUUGAAUGCAUAUACAAGGUCUGAUCAAAGUGCAAGAAAAGCCUAGUUUUUGGUGUAGCUGCUAUUUUGAAUGCAUACACAAGGUCUGAUCAAAGUGCAAGAAAAGCUAUGUUUUGACUACUAUUUUGCACUUGAUGUUGUAGUCAACUUUCUUGUUGAGUAGAAUGCUGAAAUUGAAUAGAAUGUGAUAUUGGUAUCAAGUCUUUUGAAAA